UAUAUGUUUCCCUUUCUUUACUCCUUUCUUUAUAUUUCUUUUUAUUUUUUCUUCUUUUCUCUUUUCCUUUACUCUGUUUUCCCUUUUCUUUGCUGUCGCUUUUUCGUUUUCUUUCCUCUUAUUCUCUCCUUUCCUCUUGUUUUUCCCCAUUCAUUCCUUCCUUCCUUUCCUUUCGUUCUUUUCUCUCUUUAGUGUACAGACGCUAUACUGCAGUUAGGCUCCUGGCGCUCUUUAGUGAGGUGGUUACUACGCAGCUUAUGAGCCAGUCUAUGUGCUGGGCCGACAACAUCAUCCUGGCCAUGGCCCCGCUGGGAGUGAUCACCGCCAUCGUCGGCGCCAUUCGCGUCGGCGGCCUGUCGUGGCUCAAGGCCAUCAUCAAAAGAGCAAGGGAGAGCCGUGCCAUCGUCGAGGCUGAGCUGAUGUCCCCUACGUCGAACGAAGUGUGUGAGUACUGGAACGGUCAGCAGAUUGUCAGGGUAAUGGGAAAGGGGCCGAUUCGGGAAUCCAUCAUCCUGACGCCCAAGCAAGGAGUAGAGGGCAGGGACCAGACAAAUGACAGUCCAGAAAACUCAUCAGCCGAGUCCCGGCCCGAGUGGAACGCUACCGUUCGAGCAACCAUGCUUGGCAAGCGUACUUUUAAAAAACAAGAGGACCCGGGGAAAGCCUUUCCAAAUGUCAGAGACGAGGAAAUAGGUAGCGGUUUGAACUCCGAGUGGCCGGACAAAGUCGCCGUUGUUCAAAUUGCGAUCGCCGACACACCCAACCUCACCCUCAACACUCAUAACCAAGUGGGCAGAGGAAAGCUUUAUAUGGUUGUCGUAUGUGGCCUUGUUCUUCAGCUUGGUGUCCUUGUCUACUCGGGACUCGCGACCUACCAUCCCAACCACAUGCAGCUUAAGGAUGGAAACCCAGUCGCAGGCUACGCCUUUCCCAGCACGUCGGAAACGAGAUACCGCCCUCUGGAUGAGACGGAAUUCUUCGGAAUAAUCCCGGAGACGGCGCUGCCCUUGAUUACAACUGCACACCGGGCCAGACAGGAGACGAUACUCCACAAUGUACGAGAAGCAAUCACUGCCGUUGGUACAAUGGUCAGCAUCUGCGGCUUUGUCGCGCAGUUCAGCGGUUUGGGCGACAUGCAUUGGUCAGCGUCCGUUGACCAGCUUGGCGCAGCCGUCGUCAUGACCACGUUCAGAGGAGCAAUCCGUCGCAAUCUUGCCAAAAAUUCAAAGGCAGUGCCUCUCGUUCGUGGUUACGAACUGGAUUGGCUGGCGAUGACCCUCGGGAAGCCUGCAAGCGCCCCUUGGCAGUGUCCUUUUGAAGAUGAGGAUUACAGCACGUGGAAGAAUUAUUACAGACCUUGGGCUGGAUCCUGGACGGACAAAUAGCACGGCCCUUCAACUGACGGUGACAACUGGGACUGGAUCAUUGCCGCCGUUGAAGUUCCGGAGAGACGCG